AUGACGAAUUGGAUCUUGGGCGACAAGUUCUAUGCGGUCUAUCCGCACAAGAAUUCAAUCAAGGGCUUGUGGGAGUCAAAAUGGAAAGCUGCUUGCAUGAAAGGUGUCUACCCAUUCCAUGACGGUGCUUUUGAAGAUUUCGAGCCCAUUUUUGAAAAUCUCAUUGCCGAAAAUAUCAACGAUGCAUAUACGGACGAGUACACGAAUUCAUUUCUGCCAACAGCAAAGGCCCUCGAGUCCAAGGCUCUUGAAGCUGUCAAAAACGGUAUCAAGGAGAAGGCAGCAGAGUAUUACCGACGUGCCGCUGUAGUAUAUCGCAUCUCCCGCUUCCCCUACGUUAGUCCUACUACAAAAGGAAACACUGUCACAAGUCCGCUUAAGCGUGGCGCUUUCGACCGUCAAAAAGAAGUUUACCUCAAAGCUGCCUCUACAUGGAGUCCACCAAUCAACGAAGUGGUCAUCACACACAAGUACCGUGCAGGGAGCGAUGGCGAGACCAUCCCCCUCCUAGUUCGCGUUCCACAGCUAGCAGACAUCACCAAUCAAGUCCCGGUCGUACUGCUCAUGACCGGCCUAGAUGGAUAUCGCUGUGACAAUUCCCAGCGUACUCACGAACUUGUUGGUCGCGGAUGUGCAGUUGUCAUCUGCGAAAUUCCAGGUACGGCAGAUUGCCCUGCCGAUCCGGCUGAUCCAGAAUCAGUUGAUCGGCUAUGGAACUCUGUGUUGGACUACAUGGCUUCCCGACCAGAGUUCAAUCUCAAGAAAGUUGUUGCAUGGGGUCUGAGCGCUGGUGGUUAUUAUGCGGUUCGAGCAGCUUCAACUCAUCGUAACCGAUUCCUAGGCUGUGUUGCUCACGGACCAGGUACUCACCACUUUUUGAAUGAAGCUUGGUUAGAACGAAUUGAUGACCAUGAAUACCCAUUUGUAAUAUCCAAAGCACUGGCCGAGAAAUUUGGCUUCCAGAAUGUGGAAGACUUUAAAAAAAAUGGUCAGAAAAAGUUCUCACUUCUCGACAAUGGUAUUGUGAAAAAGCCAUCCUGCAGACUUUUGUUAUUAAAUGGGGUUGAUGAUGGAGUGGUGCCAAUCGAAGAUUCUUUACUUCUGUUCAACCAUGGAAGUCCCAAGGAAGGUCGCUUUGUCGAGAAAUUGGCACACAUGGGCUACCCUGACACCCUGGUCGUAGCCUACGAGUGGUUCGAUAAUCUUCUAACCCAGGGGGAGAACCCAGGUCUAAAGAACUGA